AUGGUUGUUUCCUGCUUGAAGCCGAUCAGACAGAAUUGCUUUUUGGAGGCCAAGGUGAAAGUGGUGAAAGUUUACUCAACGUACUUGAGAGGUUUGGAAUACAAAGCCCACACUGUCAUCAUAGCCAUCUUUGUGCACUUGAGAUGCGGUGCGGUUCUGGACAGUGCGGUGCUAGAUGGUGCGGUGCUAGAUGGUGCGGUGCUAGAUGGUGCGGUGCUAGAUGGUGUGGUGGACGGUGCGGUGCUAGAUGGUGCGGUGGACGGUGCGGUGCUAGAUGGUGCGGUGCGGGACGGUGCGGUGCUAGAUGGUGCGGUGCUAGAUGGUGCGGUGGACGGUGCGGUGCUAGAUGGUGCGGUGCGGGACGGUGCGGUGCUAGAUGAUGCGGUGCUAGAUGGUGCGGUGCGGGACGGUGCGGUGCUAGAUGGUGCGGUGCUAGAUGGUGCGGUGUACGGUGCGGUGCUAGAUGGUGCGGUGCGGGACGGUGCGGUGCUAGAUGGUGCGGUGCUAGAUGGUGCGGUGGACGGUGCGGUGCUAGAUGGUGCGGUGCUAGAUGGUGCGGUGGACGGUGCGGUGCUAGAUGGUGCGGUGCGGGACGGUGCGGUGCGGGACGGUGCGGUGCUAGAUGAUGCGGUGCUAGAUGGUGCGUUGCCACACGUUGGUUACUUCUUCAUAACGUGUCUCCGAUACCGGUCAUCAUCUUACAAAUUUACCUAUCAAAGACUGUCGACAAGAAGUCAGAACCGUGUGUGA